CGAAAGGAGGCAUCUAUUCGUCUUUCGAAUAUAUCAUCCUCAAUCUCGAAUUCCUACACAGACAUCCUCCGUCCCGUCCACGUCCACUGUAUCUUACACGCACCAACUACAUCAUGUGUCGCUGGUUUGCAUACAUCUCGCCAACAGAGCCGUGCCUCCUGUCAGAUGUCUUGAUUACACCUGCAAACAGUAUCAGCAAGCAAUGCUCGGAGCACUACCUUCCUAAGCUGUUGCCACAUGGAGAUGAGAAAGAGCUUGAUCAGACCUCGGAUCAACUACUGCGGAUGCGCAACUCGCUGUUGAACAUGGACGGGCUCGGUGUUGCUUGGUACACAGAAGCGUCAUCAUCCUACGUUAAGCACAUCACCGGCCCUCGACCAGCACUCUACAAGUCUCAAAGCCCUGCAAUCAACGACUUCAACUUCAAGUCUCUAUGCGACAACACCGAGACCCACUGUGUCUUGGCCCACAUUCGCGCAAGUAGCGGCAGCGUCGUGACCCAGGUGAACUCCCAUCCCUUUGUUUUCGGCCGCCACGUCUUCAUGCACAAUGGCGUGAUCUCCAACUUUUCGGCUAUUCGGCGCGAUCUCACUGAUCUUCUCUCCUACGACGCAUAUUGUAACGUCUUCGGCUCCACAGACUCCGAGCACGCAGCGGCGCUCUACAUCACUAAUCUCACUAACCAUGGUGACAAGUCGACAUGGGAGAAGGCAUAUCCGCUGAAAGCCAUGUUCGCCGCCCUGUGCAAAACCGUCAUCCAGAUCCUACGACUGCAACACUCCAAGCUCGGCGACCAGAACACGCCCAACAGCCUCAACUUCUGCACGACAGACGGGACAAAGCUUCUUGCAAUUCGCUUUCGCAACCACGCCACCCAGCAGCCACCAAGCCUGUACUGGUCCGAGUUCGCCGGCCGCACGCUCAACACGAAGUAUCCAGGCCACCCGGACAGCAACAAUUUCGUGAAUGAGGAGGCGGUGCUGGACCAGGGCGAGAAAAUUGGGAAACACACGAUUGUUGCGAGCGAGCCGACGACGUAUGAUGAGCAGGAGUGGCAUUUGAUCAAAGCGAAUCAUGCUUUGUUGGUUGGGGAUGAUGGAGAGGAGAGGGAGGAGAGGAUUGAGUAUGACGGAGUGCUCAACGCGAAGGACCCGAAGUUUGACGCGAACCUAUAGGGAAAGAUAAGGAGGGGCAAGCGACACUUCUCUGUUAAAUCGCAGACCAGGCGUUGUCAACUAGCAUUAUUACGCCGUCUUCCUUCUCCGCCUCGUCCUAUACCGUAAGCACAAUUGCAAUGGUAACAUCUUCUGCG